AUGACUAAAACUUACAACAAAGAUGAAAUGAAUGAAGUUAAAAGAGAAUCAAAGAGUUUUGAAGGAGUACAACAAGGAGUAUUACUUGCAUUAUUAAAUUCAAUUGGAUUUUCAUUUGAGUUUAGAAGACCUGAACGAUUUGCUAUUAAGACAGUUCAAUAUUUAGUUAUUAAUAAUGUUUAUUUCAAUGAGAAAAAGUUAGAUUUUGGAAGUGUUAUUGAUGAAUAUUGUGAUAAACAAUAUGCAUCUGAAAUAAAAAAGGAUAUGUCAUCAAACCAAAUUAAAACAAUUAAAAGAAGAAGAGAUUUAAAUAGAGCAGCUUUAACAUUUAAUUGGCUUGUUGGAUAUGCAGAACAAAAUGGAUAUACUGUUCAUAAACGCUCUACAAAAUCAUCUAAAAAAACAUUACAAAUGGAAAAAAUUAAUGAAAUUUCAUUAAAUGGUCAAACUAUUAUAACCCAAACUCAAAUGAAUCAUAUUGGAAAACAAAUGAACCAAUAUAUUGUUUCUCAAUUUGUAAAACAAGAAAAAAGUUCUACGUUACAUGCUUUUCAUCCUUUUAGUAUUAAUUUAUUACAAUUAAAUCAAAAAAAUAAAUUACCUCCUUGCAUUGACCCUCCUCAUCAAUUAUCUAUUAAUCCUAAUCUUUUUUAUAAAAAUUUUAAUCAAUCCACUAAUGAAUUAAUCUCUCCAUCUCAAAAUCAAAAUUCAUUAGGUAUUGAUUUUAUUACAAACUCUUAUUAUAAUCUUUCUUUUGCUCCAGUUUCUCCUCAUUAUUAUUCAUUUGUUUAUUGA